AUGUCUAACCAAGAAACUAACCCAAACCAGCAAGAACAGCCUGCAGGUCAAGUCUUGCAAGAGACGACUACUGACAACACACAACAACAACAACAACCUACUCCUGUAGAACUCAAAGGUCCAGUCAAGACACUGAAGGAUGCCUUUCCUGACCUGGAUGUCGAUGUCAUUGAAACUAUACUAGAUAGCCAAGGUGGAAAUCUCGACGCAACUUUUGAAAUUCUCUUGGGCAUGUCAGAUCCUUCUUACAAACCUGAGCCUAGCCAGGAACAAAUGAGACAAGACGAGGCGUAUGCUAGACAAUUAGCUCGAGAAGGAGAUGCCCAUUAUCCUCAAGACACGACGGCCAGAGCAAGCAGUCAAGGCCCAGCGUUUAACUUGCAAGAAGAGUUACCUGUCAUAAAGGAAAAAAUGAUAGAGGCUGGAACAGCUGCCAAGAAUAAAAUAGUUAAUUUUUAUAAUCAAUUUAUGGCUGGAUCGAAUAGUAGUAAUAACAACAAUCAACGAACUGCCAAAACGACACAUGGUAAUAACGAUUUACUGGAAACAAGAAUGGGUAGUUUGAGUCUUAUGGAUGAUCAACCUCAGCGUCCUUCUCCAAACAACAACAACAAUAGAGGUGGUUCAGUUGAUUUGUAUGAAUGGGAUGGACGAACAUCUCAUGCUGCUACUCAAAAGAACGUUACGUCAACACCAAACGAACAAUUAAUGUCAGAUGAAGAGUUUGCGAGAAGAAUAGCAAGGGAAGAAGCUGAAUUGGCAGCAGCAGCAGCGAAUAGACCUUCGAAUAAUGAAUUACCAAUUCAGACAAGUGAAGAGGAAAUAGCAUUCAAAGCGGUUGAUGCUAAGGAAGAUAGCCCGGCUGUUGGAUAUACUAUACAGAAUGAUGACCUUGAUGACCUCAUUAAUAAAAAAGGUACCUACACAAUAGAAUAA